AUGGGGGAUGAAAUGGUCGUAGCAAACAAAUCUUCUGAAAUUGUGGAUAGUGAAUUUUAUAAAAGUUACAGCAUUAUGGUUGUGGAUGAUGAUAUCACUUGCCUUUCCAUUGUAGCUGCUCAACUCAAGAAGUGGAAAUACCAAGAGUCAUGUAUUGUUGUGCCAGUUAUGUCAGCCGAUGAUAGAGAUAGUAUGGUGUUGGAAGGACUAGAGCGUGGAGCUGUAUUUUUCUUACUGAAGCCCAUAUCACCAGAUGAUCUACGAGAUAUAUGGCAGUAUGCUGCCUUGGGAAAGAAGAACAAGGGGAAAGGCAAAUCAGUUGUUAUUGAAGAAAUUCAAGAAAAUAACAGUUCAAGUAAAAGUUCCAGUGGCUUACUGAAAAGCCCUCAUGAAAAUGUUAAGUCUUCAUCAUCGAUCAACGUUGAAAAAGGCAAUAAAGAAGGCAAUAAGGAGGAAUCUAAGAAGAAGUCUGCAAGAAAGCAUAAGGAGGCUGAAAAAGAAGAGAGUAGCACACCACCAAAGAAGACUAAGCUUGUUUGGACAGAUGCACUUCACAACAAAUUCUUGCAAGCAAUUAGAGAAAUUGGUUUGGACAGGGCUUAUCCGAGGACAAUUCUUGAAGUCAUGGAUGUCCCAGGACUAACAAGAGAAAAUGUCGCCAGUCAUUUGCAGAAAUAUCGUAUUUUCUUGAGGAAAGUCACCGAAGAAAGUUUCAGAGUUCAAGCUGCGGACACAAACUUAGCUAAUAGUGCUACUCAAUCAACUUUUGGAUCGAAAGGGCUAACUACAAUCAGCCAACUUCCUCAAGAAAAUUCUGGAUCGCAACAGCCGUUCCUCAAGAACAACUCAUUGGCUGAGACUUCAAACCGCAGCAGUUCAUCUUUGUCAAAUCGACGCGCUACACCAGCUGUUACUCUGCCAGGAUAUGGAAAAGCAAAGUUGGUUCUGAACGAAGGUGAUUCAAGUAAAAUCACGUCUAGUAAUGCAAACCAAUUGUCCAUAGCAGAAGCAACUAAGAAUCAGACAAGGUCAUUGAUACAUGAGGAUAUUUCAACUCAGCUCCUGAACGCUGCAAUUUCAGCGAAUCAACUUAUUACAAGAAAUUUGAAAUCCCUUCAUAACAGCUCUGCUGCUGGAGAACGCCAUGAGUCAAAUCAAAGUUUGGUUCAAAGGGAUUCGUCUCUGAUUGGAUUUGAAAGAGAUAAGGAACUUGCAGCCAUGUUGACUAGUUAUCUUAAUCAAGGAGCUAACCGUACGCAGUUAACUCGAUUACCUAACAAUGUUGAGACUAGAGAAGGAAGUACUGGUACUAGACUUGAUCAAGGUUGGUCUAGUUAUUUCAAUCAAGGAGCUAACCACAUGCAGUUAACCCGAUUACCAAACAAUGUCGAGACUGGAGAAGGAAGUGGUACUAUACCUGAUCAAGAUUAUGAAGGAGAAAAGCAAUCUGCAGCCAUGUGGUCUAGUUAUAUCAGUCAGGGAGCUAAUCGUAUGCAGUUAACCCGACUACCAAACAAUGUAGAGACUGGAGGAGGAAGUGGUACUAUACUUGGUCAAGAUUGUGAAGGAGAAAAGCAAUCUGCGGCCAUGUGGUCUAGUUAUUUCAAUCAAGGAGCUAACCGCGUGCAGUUAACUCGAUUUCCAAACAAUUUCGAGGCUGGAGGAGGAAGUGGUACUAAACCUGGUCAAGAUGGUGAAGGAGAAAAGCAAUCUGCAGCCAUGUGGUCUAGUUAUCCUAAUCAGGAAGCAAACCGCGUUAAUCAGGGAGCAAACCGCGUUAAUCAGGGAGAAAAGCAAUCUGAAGUGGUCAUGCGGUCUAGCAAUCUGCAGUUAACUCGAUUUCCAAACAAUGUCGAGACUGGAGGAGGAAGUGGUACUAAGCUUGGUCAAGAUUUUGAUGUCUCUAUGUUCGAUAAAAAUAAUGCUACAUCGUAUUCAAGUCGAAUUGGUGAUCUUACAAGCACUUUCUACAGCCAACUGAAUGUUCAACCUUUUCAUGUGGAAAACAGCAAUGAUCAGGGGGAGACAACUUUUAACUUCACCGAUGCAAGCAAUCAGGACCAAGAAGCUUAUUAUCCAUUGCCACUUGAUUAUACAUCAGGAGAGGCAAGUUAA